AUGGCAAGUGCUGAAGGCUUGCAUUUGACGCUUGUUUUCUUCAACGCUUUCUUGUCUUUCACCGCCAUCGUAUUAAACAUCAUAACCAUGCAAGCGCUCAGAAAAACGUCGUCGUUGCCUAAGACUUUAAAAACAUUGCUACUAAGCCUGGCUGUGUCUGAUCUGGGUGUAGGCUUACUUGUCGAACCACUGUUUGUUGCAUUUCUUGUGAUGGAAAAAAACAGUACUGCUUAUUCUACAGUAAAGUUAGCGCGUUCAAUCCCGGCAAAAAUAUUGGUCUUUGCUUCGCAUUUUGGUGUUUUUGCAUUAGCUGUGGACAGAUUCUUGGCCAUUAAGCUUCAUCUCAGAUAUCAAGAGCUUGUGACCCACAAACGUGUUGUUGCUGUUGUGAUCUCACUCUGGGUGUUUAGUGCAUCAAUUUCCUUCCGAAGUCCUCGUAUUAUGCGAGCGGUCAUUGCACUUGUUUGUGUCAUAACUACAGGACUGCUUUAUUGCAAGAUAUACGCUUCCGUGAGACACCACACAAAUCAGAUUCACCGUGACGCUCUGCAAGUACAACAGGCGACACAGAAUGAAGAUAUGGCAAAUGCCGCAGGGCUGAAAAAAUCUUCACUGGCUACAUUCUACGUUUAUUUCGUGUACUUAGUUUGCUAUUUGCCAUUGUAUUGUGUUGUUUUUGCCCAGACCAAUGGUGAAACUCCCUUGUUAUCUCAUUUAUCUUAUUUCACAAGGACUCUUGUGUAUCUCAAUUCAUCCCUCAAUCCCUUGAUCUACUGCUGGAAGAUGAGACACAUUCGACAAACUGUUAUGGAUAUACUUAGAAAUAUUUCGGCGAUUUGUCCCCACUAAAGAAAGGAUCUAACUGAGAAUAACUUAAUCGGCCUUUUUCUCUCUGAGUGGUGAAAAUAUUAGCCUUCCAGUAAUACAAUUGGAAAAAUGACACUAAAUAUAAACGGGAACUGAAACCUUCUUGUACUCUCUGUUUGAAGGCCAAGGGAUAAAUAUAUGAUCGAGUGAGUAUAAGUUCAUGAGAUUUCAGUUUACUUUGAAAUAAUUAACAAAUAACGGGAAACUUUGAAAGUAUUAUUUAUCAAAGUCAGAAAGAGGGCAAAAAGAAAAAGCUGGGUGGUUUAGGACGAAUGACGAGUGACGUGAUAAAUAGAGGGCCGGGUUUCCAAAUUUUCAUGGGCAAAAAGUUCUGUGUACGUACAGUAAAGUGUCUUAAAAAGUUUACUAGAUUUUGUUAACCAUAGUGCAUCCAAUAAAGAAGACUAACUAAAGAGGAGAGAGAUCAAAACUAUGUCAAUAAAUCUUCCAUACUGAAUGUACCAAGAGUGGUGAAAAGAUUGACCGAUAUAACAACAACAACGUCAACAUCAACACAUAAUAAUAAUUAUUAUUAUAAUAAAAAUAAUAAGAAUAAUACUAAUAAGAAUAAUAAUGAUAAGAAGAACAACACAGCCUAUUUGUUGAGAGAGAAGAAAACUAGUAGUUUAUACUGUUGAGAAUAUAUAUUACAAUACUUGUAAUUGAUUCAUAUCAAUAAAGUUCACGUGAAAAAGCUAAAAUGUUUUGAAGAAUGGUAAAAAUAUAUCAUUUAAUCAGGGUUUUUUUAAUUUGUUGAGUCCAGAAAUUACUGAAUAAGAUCACUACAUUUGAAAGUUUCAUACUGGGAAAGAAAGAGCUUCCCUGACAGUGCAACCGAUCAGAACAAAUGAUAUAGCUUAUGACAUCAUAAUACUUUAAAAUACCAUAAUACGGAACCUGAGAGCAGACAUAAUAUGGCUCCAAUAUCAAUCAAAGUGCUUCUUGCUCUGAGAUUAAAAACUUAGAACCAUAUAAUGUUUGACGAAACAAUUAAGUACAAGGCCCAGGGUUGAACCUAAGUAAACAGUUUCCUCAUGUCCCAGUUCAACGACUUGCAAGCAACUCUCGGUACGUGCGUUUACAAUAACGUUAAAACUUUGUACGAGACCGUACUUAAUGUUUCCGUAGGCAUUUAGAACGAGCGAGUCCAAAAAAAGUAAUUAUUGUAACCAAUGAUGUAUAACAGAACAACAGCGAUAACAACAUGAAAAUGAAAAAAAGAAAGAUUAAUGAAUCCAUAUUUCAAAUCUUUUUAAAACAGUAUUCUUAUCUCAAUAUAGAUUCGUUAAUAAAUGAAAUGAAAAGAACUUAAACUUUUCUUUUGUUAAUAAAUGAAAUAUAAAGAAUUUAAAGUUUCAGUCUUGUUUCUAUUUAUGUGCUUGUGGCUUCACUGGCCUCUACAUCUACAUCUACAUCUACAUCUACAUCUACAAGUCCCUCCUCUAGCCGCUUGUAAUUAUUGUAUUUUGAAUUCAUUAUAAAAUAAUUGUAAUUACUCUCGUCUGUAAUCUCGUAAUUAUCGUAUAUCUUGCCGUAUUUUUACAUCAUUAGAAUAAUAUAUUUUGAAUUCGUUAUUGUAAUUAAUCACCCCACAGCCAUAAGGUGGCAAAUGAAAAAAUGAAAAAAAAAGAAUCCAUAUUUCAAAUCUUUUUAAAACAGUAUUCUUAUCUCAAUAUAGAUUCGUUGAUAAAUGAAAUGAAAAGAACUUAAUCUUUUCUUUUGUUAAUAAAUGAAAUAUAAAGAAUUUAAAGUUUCAGUAUUGUUUCUAUUUAGGUGCUUGUGGCUUCACUGGCCUCUACAUCUACAUCUACAUCUACAAGUCCCUCCUCUAGCCGCUUGUAAUUAUUGUAGUUUGAAUUCAUUAUAAAAUAAUUGUAGUUAAUCUCGUCUGUAAUUUCGUAAUUAUCGUAUAUCUUGCCGUAUCUUUACAUCAUUAGAAUAAUAUAUUUUGAAUUCAUUAUUGUAAUUAAUCACCCCACGGCCAUAAGGUGGCAAAUGAAAAAAUGAAAAAAAAAUAAUCCUUAUUUCAAAUCUUUUUAAAACAGUAUUCUUAUCUCGAUAUACAUACGUUAAUGAAUGAAAUGAAAGGAAUUUAAAAUUUUCUUUUGUUAAUAAAUGAAAUAAAAAGAAUUUAAAGUUCUUGUUUCUUGUUUCUAUUUAUGUGCUUGUGGUUUUGUUGGCCCCUAAACCUACAUUUACAUCUGCCAGUUUUCUAUCCCUCCUCUAGCCGCUUGUAAUUAUUGUAUUUUGAAUUCAUUAUCAAAUAAUUGUAUAAUCUCGUUUGUAAACUCGUAAUUAUUGUUUGUCUUGUAUCUUUAUAUCAUUAGAAUAAUAUAUUUUGAAUUCAUUAUUGUCAUUAAUCUCUGUAAUUUCGUAGUUAUAUUGUAUAUCCUUAUGUCAUUAGAAAAAUAUUGUAUAUUGGGUAAUAGACACGUCUCCAUAUUACCUGCCUCGAUUAGCUCCGCUAUUUUGCAGGUAGCCUGUAUUUGUAAUUUAUUUAUUGUGAAUGUUUACAAAUAAAGUUUGUUGUAUGACAACAUCGUAUAUUUUUCACUAUUCUUAAACUAAAAUGUGUUUUCUCCUACACAUUGUUUUUCCUGUUCUUUGGUUACGAGCGCUCUUUCAUAAUCAUGAAAGUUCCCCCACAAUUUCUAUUUCAAGGGAGGGAGGGAAGACAAGUAUGCUCUGGUCAUUUAGCAACUUUUAACCGCAAAGAAAAACACAAGACAUACACACUUCAUACACACUGAAGUUUUUUUUCGGCCCACAAUGUAACUUCUGGGUCAACUAGCUAAAUGUGCCAGCCAAUAAAGACAAUAAUUAAAGUCUAAUGUUUUUACUACCUUCAUUUAGAAAAGGCUAUUCGAUUCAGGGAGGGGAUUGAGGCUAAUUAUUGUUACAUCAGUUUUAUCCAAAAAAAACAUUUUACCACUUCCUUACGUGUAUUUGUAUAAGAAGACAUUUUACAAGGAAAUAAGCGAGUUUUUUUGUUUAUUUGGUACGCAUUAAAUUGCUCGCAAUGAUAUUGUUUUCGAUACAUUUUCAAUAAAAUGAAAUUGAGAAAUAGUUGAUUGUCGUUUAAGGCAUACAUUGCGUUUUUGCAACAUGAUUACUCAUCGAAUUGCCACGUCGUGUUGGCUGGUGGCUACAAUGGAUAUUUUAAACACUCUGAUCAUUUGCUACUGAUUAAACUUUGACACACAAGACAGCAUGAUUUGUUUAACUACCUACUGUGUCUUCGUUUAACACCCAAGCUAGUAAGUUUUUUUCAUGGAUAAUAAUUUUCUUAUCUAAACUCCUCCCUGUAACUAGUCGUAGAUCGUUUUUAUCAAAAGGUCUGCCUCAUAUUUUUUGCUUGGAUCCAGUAAAUACAUCGGAUUGGUCUCCGAUUUCUUUUUGUAUGAAUUUCUAUUAGCGAUUCAUUGCGACCAGCUGUUGUUAAUACAUUAAUAUUGCUUUAGUAGUUUCAAUCUCUUCGUUUUUGAUCAUGACCGACGAAAUUCAUCACUUAGUACAAAGUUCGACUUGUUCUCAUUCGGGAUCUUGUUUACUGUGGGUAAUGUCGACUGACAUAUCGGUCGACAUAGCGGUCGAUAUAGCGGUCGACAGUCGGUCGAUAUAGCGGUCGACAGUCGGUCGAUAGUCGGUCGAUAGUCGGUCGAUAGUCGGUCGAUAGUCGGUCGACAGUCGGUCGAUAGUCGGUCGAUAGUCGGUCGAUGGUCGGUCGAUAGUCGGUCGAUAGUGAGAUAGACUAUCGGCCGAGUAUCGGUCGAUAUUUCGUCGACGCACCUCGACUUACUAUCGGUCAUAUGUCGGUGAUAUAUCGGUCAACUGUCGGUGAUAUAUCGGUCAACUGUCGGUGGUAUAUCAGUCAACAGUCGGUGGUAUAUCGGUCAACUGUCGGUGGUAUAUCGGUCAACUGUCGGUGGUAUAUCGGUCAACUGUCGUUCGAAUAUUAGUCGUGUGUUAAUUUAUCAGGUGAGUCCUAUGGCUUUUUUUUUUAAGCAAAGACGUCAUUAAUUACUGUUAUCAUGCGAUGGGGAACAUGUGCCAGUGCAAGGCGCGAUUACGCUAUGAAGAGAACCGAAGAGCACUGGGAACUAAGGACAUGAUAACCAUUUUUUUUCCAGUUUUUAUCAUUACCGAUCGUCUGAGUUUUAGCUGUUAAACAGAACCUGUCUCAGCCUAAGUUGAAUCUGCUGCUCCUGUGGUCCCGCAAAAAUGUAGGAAAAUGUAGGAAAUGCUAAGUGUCGACCGACCAUCGACCGAGUGUCGACCAAUUACUGACCGACACAUCGGUAAAGUAUCGACCAACUAUCGACCAAGUAUCGGCGAAGUGUCGGCGAAAUGUCGGCGAAAAGUCGGCGAAGUGUCGGUGAACGAAAAGCUAUAUCGGCCGAGACACAUCUGGAACGACUAUCGGCCGUGUCUCGACCGAGUGUCGACCCACUAUCGACCGACUAUCGACCGACUAUCGACCGCUAUAUCGACCGACUGUCGACCGAGUGUCGACCGACUAUCGACCGAGUGUCGACCGAGUAUCGACCGACUGUCGAUCGAGUGUCGACCGACUAUCGACCGAGUGUCGACCGACUAUCGACCGAGUGUCGACCGCUAUAUCGACCUCUAUAUCGACCGAUAUCUCGGUCGACAUUACCCACAGUAAACAAGAUCCCUCAUUCGUAUAAAAGCCGCCGCGUGACGAUUUAAUCAACAAGAUUAGUGUGUGCUCCCCCGCGAAGCAGUCUAUUGGUCCUUUACGGUCCCCAGGGAAAUUCCCUAGGCCUUUUAUACGCCCUAGCAAACAAAUUCACCGUCUUCUCGCAAGUCUACUCUACAAGGGGCAAGCAAGUUUCAUUCUUCCGCAACGCGAACAGCGCCGCUGAAGCUCUUUCAUGGCUCUCGUCCGUGUUUAACCAGACCCAGCUGAUGCGGUAAAUAUUGCUUCGACAGAGCCUCAACCAGCACCAACACCAUCCUCCUAAGUAUCAUGUUUUAAUUUCUCGCUUCCCCCUUUUCUUGUCAAUUUGUCACAUACGUGGCGUUUAUCUUUUUCACCAUUCUGUUCUGGAGUUUGUUUACGUUAGCGCUUUUAGGCGUCUGUGCAACGUACCAGAGGUAAGGCGACCCUUAUUUGAUUAUUGUCGCGCCUUUUGCGUCUGUUACAGUAUAAGGAAAACGAGCCGGAACAUAUUUACGUUGGCGCUUCAUGGCGUCUGUGAAACGUAAAAGAGCCUCUCAACAGUGCAGUUCAGUGGAAUGUAUUUAAUUACGUUGGCGCCCUUCGGCGUCUGUGAAACGUAUAAUGAAGAGCAAGACAUUACGUUGACGCUUCUUAGCGUUUGUGAAACGUAAAGGAGGAUCCCAGCCGCUCUACUCAGUGGCAUGUUUUUAAUCAGUUACGUUGGCGCCUUUUGGCGUCUGUGAAACGUACAAUCAAGGUAUAGACAUUACGUUGACGCUUCUUAGCGUUUGUGAAACGUAAACGAAGAUCUCACCAAUGCAGUUCGGUGGCAUGUUUUUAAUUUCGUUGGUGCCCUUUAACGUCUGUGAAACGUACAAUGACGAACAGACAUCUUUGGCUUUACUUCGCGACCGUCCAUCGUACAUUUGGUCUACAGUCUUUGAUGCUUUAUGGCAUUUUACGUGUAUGUAUUGAAAGAUUUUAGAAUAAGGUGGCCAGUUGUUUAUUUUUCCCGUUCGUUUCCUACUCAUUAUAUUGUCAACAUUUUGUAUAAUUUCUGCACAUUGCAUUGUCAGCAUACUCCGUGCCCCCUCGCAGUUAAGGUGACGUAACUCCUAGAUAUCAGUAACCACAUCCUCUUUACUCUAGCGUACAGCCUUAAUAAAUUUGCAUGAGUUUCCUUGUAUAUUAUAUUUUUCUUUGGCUUUUGCUUCCUAUAUUUCCUUACCCCACACUUGAGUCGUGCUCAGGGGGGGUUCCUAAACACACCCCUCAUCCAGUCUACGGACGGUGUCCUGACUCGACUCAACUGUGGGGUUCCCUCCCAACCUCCCUCUAUCGCAGGGUCUUUCCUUCUUUUUAUCUCCUCCCAUUCGGAUUUCCCUAACCGGGUUACACAUGCUGCAAGUCACCCUUCAGCUUUCCUUUAGCGUAUCCGGGUGGGACAGCCCCACAGUUGGGCCGGGCCACUCCCCUCAAUUGAAUCCGUCACAUCUGGGAGGCAUUACGCCAACACUGCCCAUCUCUCUAAGGGAGUUUUUCUGGGUUUUUCUGAGUUUCGGGAAGAUUUGGCUGUACUGCAAGUUAAUGAGGUAUUCUGCAAUAAUUUACCGUCUUUUGGAUGAGUCUAUAGCACCCCUGGUGUCGGGCAAAAUUUUUCACCCAUAACUUAUCCAUCAAAAGGCAUAAGGUGGUUUUUAUGCGAAUGUGAAUUAGUUACUAUUCUCAUUCGUAUAAAAGCCGCCGCGUGACGAUUUAAUCAACUAGAUUAGUGUGUGCUCCCCCGCGAAGCAGUCUAUUGGUCCUUUACGGUCCCCAGGGAAAUUCCCCAGGCCUUUUAUAAGCCCUAGCAAACAAAUUCACCGUCUUCUCGCAAGUCUACUCUACAACGGGCAAGCAAGUUUCCCCACCCUCCUCCCCUUCAGCGGCGCUGGCAAAUUUUCUCUAUCAGCCCACCUUAUGCCUUAUGCAAAAUUUUUCACCCAUAACUUAUCCAUCAAAAGGCAUAAGGUGGCUUUUAUGCGAAUGUGAAUUAGUUACUAUCGCGUUUCGGUUUAAAUGAAAAUAUAUUCAAAUUACUGUGUGAUGACGACUUUAUAAAUUAUGAAUUACGGGCUCUGUUUUAAUGCUCUGCUCUUGUUUUAAUUCCAAACAAGGGAAUAUUUCGGAUGCUAUGAGUACAACUUUAUGUGUCAAUGAAGGGAGAAAGUAUCGUCUUGUUUAUUAAAUGCGCAUUAAAUUGCAAGCAAUGAUGAACUUUCUUUAUAUUAACCUAAAAAGCUGGAGAUAAAUAAAUAUGAUUCACGUUUUGAUAGCUGCCUCGGAUGAAUUUAACACCACUAUCCAUUAAGUAAGUUAAUAAAGCGUAGUAUAUGGUCCUUGAUUACUUUCUUAAUAAAAUGAAAUUGAAACAUACUUCUCGAGUUGAUUGUAGUUUAAGGCAUAUAUUACUUUUUUGGAAUAUGAUUACUCAUUGAAUUGCCUCCUGGUGUUGGCUGGUUUCAUUAAGCUGAGACUCAGACAAUGGGCCGGUGUUUUAGACGUUCUGAUCGUUUGCAGCUGAUCAAGUCUGACACAUAUAUGACCGAAUGAUUUUUUAAGUAACUACCCACUGUAUCUUUGUUUUAAAACCCCAGCUAGUAAGUUUUUUUUAUAGGUAAUGUCUUUUUUUUCUGAACCCCCAGUCCUAAGACUCGUCGUAAGUCGUAUUUAAUUAAAACUUGGGCGUUUUUUAUAGUUUUUACUUGAGUUCAGCAAACACGUUGGAUUGGUGUCCGACCUAAUAGUCAGCUUUUAACGCCUUCCAAACUAAAAUGUGGAUUUCCAAUUUGGAAAAAUCCAGAAGAGUAUUGGCAUUUGAUACUGAAAAACUUUGUGUUUCUGAAAGGUUUUCGCUAAUUAGAAGGAGAAAAAAUAAUAGUGUUCAGUUGUGUCCACAACUGGCGCGCACACAAGCGAGACUAACUACCUACUGUGCUGGUCUAUGUUUUAAAAGCUUAGCUAGUAAUUUUUUUUACGGGGAACAAGUUCCUUCUUUCAUGUCAAGAGACUCGUCGUUUGUCAUAGUUACUAAAAAAACGUGCGUUUGUUUCGCUUUAGUCCAGCAAACAUGUAGGAUUGGUCUCAUACUUAAUAGUCUGCAUUUCCUCUAAACCAUUGCUUAACUCUUUUCUGUUUGACUUUGUGUUUACGAUUCACCACAAACCAGCUGCCAUUUCUACUUUGAUAUUGCGCCAAUAGUUUCGAAUAACUCACUUCCAUUUGACUGACGAACUUUAUCCUGAUACAAUUAAAGAAUUAUAAUACAAAAAUAUUUUCAGCCUAAAACCGGCAGAAAAAACAUAAUAUUCAGCCUGUGUGUUUUAAACUGAAGAAACUGAAGCUAUAUAAUACGACUUGCAUCUUAUUAGUUGCUCUAAUUAUUAAGGAACAGAUGAUUUAUUAAGUAACUAGGGUGCUGUAUCUUUAGGCUGCCUCACACUCUUUAAGUCACCCGUGAGCAUGCAAUUUAUCAGAAAAUGCGUUCAUGGGUCCAGCAAAUACUGUUGGAUUGGUUUUCGACGUAAAAAUUCCGUUUUCCUCUCAAGUCACCUCUCAGCUCGUUCUGUCUGAUUGUAUGUUUGCGAUUCAUGAUUGAAAACCAACUGCCUUUUGCUUAUUUAAUAUUGCAUCAUUAGUUUCAUAUAACUUCCUUCCUUUUUAACUGACGAACUUCAACAUUUAUCCGACCUAUUGCGUUUCGCUUGAAAGAAAAUUAAUACUAAUUACUGUGUGAUGAUAACGUUACAUUUAAAGUUUCAACUCCGGGCUCAGACAUGCAAAGUUUCAAUUUCAAGCAAGGUGAGAGUUUGGAUAUUGUGAGCACGACUUAGGGACUUUUUUUACUAACUCCACAGUUCUCAGUUAAAAACCAAUUGCCAUCGGAAGAGGAAGUCUGGAGAAUUUUCAGUAAGUCUCGCAAAGAGUAAUUUCCAGCGUCAGUCUCGUGCAAAAAAGAAAAAAAUUGCAGAGUUCCUCAAAAGUACGGCUGCUGAAACUUAAGACUGUGUAUAACGCUCCAUUCAAUGGUGGAAGCUGAAGGUCAGUCUCAUUCAAAAACGGAUGAAACCUAGAAAGCAAUGAAAUUCAGAUCAUUACGUAUUAUAGAAACUGAACGCUGAUUAGGGCUAUGUAAAAAAAAAAAAAAAAAGAUGGCAAGUGCUGAAGGCUUGAAUUUGACAUUUGUUUUCUUCAACGCUUUCUUGUCUUUCACCGCCAUCGUAUUAAACAUCAUAACCAUGCAAGCGCUCAGAAAAACGUCGUCGUUGCCUAAGACUUUAAAAACAUUGCUACUAAGCUUGGCUGUGUCUGAUCUGGGUGUAGGCUUACUUGUCCAUCCACUGUAUGUUGCAACUCUUGUGAUAGAAAAAAACAGUACUGCUUAUUCUACAGUAGAGUUAGUGCGUUCAAUCCAGGCAAAAAUAUUGGUCUUUGCAUCGAAUUUUGGUGUUUUUGCAAUAGCUGUGGACAGAUUCUUGGCCAUUCAGCUUCAUCUCAGAUAUCAGGAGCUUGUGACUCACAAACGAGUUGUUGCUGUUGUGAUCUCAGUCUGGGUGUUUAGUGCAUCAAUUUCCUAUCCAAGUCAUCCUAUUAUGCGAGCGGUCAUUGCAGUUGUUUGUGUCACAACUACAGGAUUGCUUUAUUGCAAGAUAUACGCUUCCGUCAGACACCACACAAAUCAGAUUCACGCUCUGCAAGUGCAACAGGCGACACAGAAUGAAGAUAUGACAAAUGCCGCAAGGCUGAAAAAAUCUUCACUGGCUACAUUCUACGUUUAUUUCGUGUACUUAGUUUGCUAUUUGCCACUUUCUUGUUAUCUUUUUGCUAAGACCGUCAACGGUGAAACUCCCUUGUUAUCUCAUUUAUUGUAUUUCACAAGGACACUUGUGUUUCUCAAUUCAUCCCUCAAUCCCUUGAUCUACUGCUGGAGGAUGAGACACAUUCGACAAACUGUUAUGGAUAUACUUAGAAAUAUUUUCGCGAUUUGUCCCCGCUAAAGAAAGGAUCUAACUGAGAAUAACUUAAUCGGCUUUUUUCUCUCUGAGUGGUGAAAAAAUUAGCUUUCCAGCAAUACUAUUGGAAAAAUGACACUAAAUAUAAAAGGGAACUGAAACCUUCUUGAGGGGGGCAUUGGGAUUUUCGGUUUUGCGGUUUUGGCUAUUUUUUAGAUCGGUUUUUCGGUUUUUGUUGCAAAAGACUUCGGUUUUUCGGUUUUGGUGGUCAUUGCGGUUUGCGGAUUUUUCGUUUUUUAGCAUCUGGUUUUCGGUUUUCGUGAAAAAUACUAGCGGUUUUUCGGUUUUGGUACCCGAUGUGGUUUUUGGUUUUUGGAAGGGCAGUGAGGUUCAAUAAUCGACUGCUUUUUUGAGUAUCUGUUUAUUACCACAUUAAACCUUAGAGCAAGUUCCUGCUGCCAUGUAAAACUGAAAAGGAACUAAUUGUACCGGUUAGCUUCCUCAGUGUCGACUCAGCUCAGUGCAAUCGCAUGUUAGACAAUCGAGUCUCCAAACUUUCAGGUGUUAGUUAUCAAAUGGAAAUGUUCGAUUAGAGAUUUUCGAUUGAAGUUUCCAGAGCUAUAGCUUUUUGCGACUGCAAAAUUGCAAUUCUAAAGAGGACUUGUGUGCAAAUUCUCCUAAGUUAACUAGGCUCCAUAACUAGCGGCUUUUCGGAAAUUGAGCCGCAAAGUCUGGGCUCGAGAGAGCGGCAGAAACAAAGCCUAUGAUUUAGCAGACACAAGAAGAUACGAAGGCUUCAGACAAAGUCCAUGACAUUCACAAAUACUUUGGUGAAAUUAGUGUUAGUUUAGUUUGCUCUGUAUGCCCCACUUGUCACCACUGUAUCGGUUUUUGACGGUUUUGUAUGCGGUUUUCGGUUUUGGCCGAAUUUUUUUGCGGUUUUGCGGUUUUGGAUGAUUUUUUUCUUCGGUUUUGCGGUUUCUAAUAUACCCCAAUGCCCCCCUCCUUCUUGUACUCUCUGUUUGAAGGCCAAGGUAUAAAUAUAUGAUCGAGUGAGUAUGAGAUUUCAGUUUGCUUUGAAAUAAUUAAUAAAUAACGGGAAACUUUGAAAGUAUUAUAUAUCAAAGUCAGAAAGAGGGCAAAAAGAAAAAGCUGGGUGGUGUAGGACGAAUGACGAGUGACGUGAUAAAUAGAGGGCCGAGUUUCCAAAUUUUCAUGGGCAAAAAGUUCUGUGUACAGUAAAGUGUCUUAAAAAGUUUACUAGAUUUUGUUAACCAUAGUGCAUGUAAUAAAGAAAACUAACUAAAGAGGAGAGAGAUCAAAACUCUGUCAAUAAAUCUUCCAUACUGAAUGUGCCAAGAGUGGCGAAACGAUUUACCGAUAUAACAACAACAACAACACAUAAUAAUUAUUAUUAUCAUUACAAUAAAAAUAAUAAGAAUAAUGCUAAUAAGAAUAAUAAUGAUAAGGAGAACAACACAGCCUAUACUAUUUGUUGAGAGAGAAGAAAACUAGUAGUUUAUACUGUUGAGAAUAUGUAUUACAAUACUUGUAAUUGGUUCACAUCAAUAAAGUUCACGUGAAAAAGUUAAAAUGUUUUGAAGAAUGGUAAAAAUAUACCAUUUAAUCAGGGUUUUUUUUAAUUUGUCGAGUCCAGAAAUUACUGAAUAAGAUCACAACAUUUGAAAGUUUCAGACUGGGGGAGAAAGAGCUCUCCUCACAGCGCAACCGAUUGGAACAAAUGAUCGAUAGCUAAAUGACAUCAUAAUACUAAAAUACCAUAUUACGGAACCAGAAAGCAGUCAUAAUAUGGCUCCAAUAUCAAGCAAAGAGCUCUUGCUCUGAGAUUAAAAACUUAGAAUCAUAAUGUUUGACGAAACAAUUAAGUAUAAGGCCCAGGGUUGAACCUAAGUACACAGUUUCCUCAUGUCCCUGUUCAACGUCUUGCAAGCAACUCUCGGUACGUGGGUUUACAAUAAAGUUGAAACCUUGUACGAGACCGUACUUAAUAGGGCCAUUUAUACGAGGAAAAGUAAGACGCGUCUUGCAUAGGACGCGUCUUAAAUAAGACGCGAACUUUCCGUAUAAACGGCACAUUUCAUCUAAAAUAAGACGCCUCUUAGCUAAGACGCGUCUUAUUUUAGAACAGCCCUUAACACCAGUUCUUAGAUAAGACGCGUCUUUAUAGCUAAGACGAGAAAAACUUCGUAUAAAUGACCUUCGAGUCUUAAAUAAGACGCGAACGCAUAGUACGCAUGCGUUGAUUUUUGGCGCGCUACUUUGGAUUGGAGUUGCUACGGGCAACAUUCACAUGAAAACGAGUCAAGAACAGAAAUAAGACGCGAACCAUUUAUACGAGCUGUUCUCGUCUUAGAUAAGACAUGCUCGUAUAAAUGGUACAGUUCGCGUCUUAUUUAAGACGCGUCUUAUGUAAGACGCGUCUUAUUUUUCCGCGUAUAAAUGGCCCUAAUGUUUCUAUAGGCAUUUAGAAAGAGCGAGUCCAAAAAGUAAUUAUUGUAACAAACGAUGUAUAACAGAAGAAAAGUAACAACGUGAAAAUGAAAAAAACAAAUGACAAAAAUCGUAUAUUUUCCACUAUUCUUAAACUAACAUGUGUUCUCUCCGACACGUUAAUUUUCCUGUUCGGUGGUUACGAGAGUUCUUUCAUAAUCAUGAAAGUUCUUCCACAAUUUCUGUUUCAAGGGAGGGAGGGAAGAAAGGUAUGCUCUUGUCAUUUAGCAACUUUUAACCUCAAAGAAAAAUACAAUACAUGCACACUUCAUACACACUGAAGUUUUUUUUUUAUUUUGGCCUACAAUGUAACUUCUAGGUUUAACACCCUAGCAAGUAGCGUUUUUUUAAUGGGUAAUAAAUUUUCUAUCUAGACUCCUCCCUGUGACUCGUCAUAGAUCGUUGUUUAUCAAAAGGUCUGCCCCAUAUUUUUUGUUUGGGUCCAGUAAAUACAUUGGAUUGGUCUCCGACUUGAAAGUCGAUUUUUCCUAUAAACCAUCGUUUAACUCUUUCUUUGUGUAUGACUUUGUAUUAGCGAUUGAUUACAACCAGCUGCUGUUAAUAGAGCAUUUUCGUGUGACCUUGAAACGAAAACGAAUUUAUUAUAAUUAAAAUUUUUUCGUUUUUUUAUAGUUUUUACUUGAGUUCAGCAAACAAGAAAAAAAAAACAAAAAACCUUAUUGAGUUAUCUCCAAAAUUGAACAUUACAGUUGGACAGAUUGUGAAAACUAAAGUCCGGGUAAAUUUAAAACAUAAUAAAAUAAUUUUUAAUCAUUUUUUAUCUUGUAUAGUAAUACUACUUUGCAAUGACGAAUAAGUAUGCCAAAAGAAUAUAAUGCACUGCCCUUGAAAAACUAACAAAGAGGUUGCAAGAACACAAAUAAGUAGCCAAGCAAAUAUUUUUGUUUGACGAUAACAACUUUUUGUAAUGAAAUGGUCACUGAAAACUACCCAUGCAAGACAUACUAAGGAACUUAAAAGAAACUAAACAUUCACAAGUCUUACAUUGAAACAAGACAUUGCUAUAUAUAUAUCUUACAGAAACAACAUAAAACAUUUAUAUAACAUACAAAUUCAAAAGAAUAUUGCAAACAAGAAAAUUAUACAUAAUUAUGCACAAAUGAAAUGCAAAUGGCCUGUAACAGCCAUUAAACCAUUGAAAAACAAACUUUUAGUGUGACCAGCAACCCUAGCACACUUGUAUACUUCAUGUCCAGUAUGAUUUAAUUUCAUUCUUGGUUAAAUUUAUUAACUGCAGCCAGGCUUAAAGGGAACCUCCACUCUUACUACAGAAUAAGUUUAAUUUAAAUCGAUUAAAAUUAUGUUGAUAAACAAAUUUGUUCGAAAUUUGUCCUUAAAAAAAGUGUUUAUAUCAGGAAAAGUGAAUUUUAAAAUCGCUUAUUUUCACUUUCAAAUUUCGCGGGCGCCGCCAUCUUGAAUAAUUGUGACGUGUUACGGUUGCUCUAUAGUUCUGACACAAAGAGCUUUUGUUUAAUAACAAUAGGGCAACCGUAACACUUCACAAUUAUUCAAGAUGGCGACGCCCGCAAAAUUUGAAAACAAAAAUAGGCGAAUCUAAAAGUUAUUUCUUUCGGAUACAAACGCUUUCUUUAAAAAUAUUUUAGAUUGACUUGACUGUAACAGUUAUUUCCUGUGAUUUAAAGUUAUCUUUUUGUUGAAGUGGAGGUUCCCUUUUAAUCAAACUUGAUGCAAAAUUACUUUCCUGUUUCCUUGUCUACAAUAUAUAAUAUUAAGAGGGAGAAUAUAACGCUAGAAAUAUUAUACAGUAGUACAAUCAAAAGAUAAGGCACCUCCAGGAAAUCGAGUUGGUCCCUACUAUUCUUCAGUCAUUUUCUUUUAGUAUAUGCUAAAACAGUGGAUAGUGUUUUUCGCGCGCUCUGAUUGGCUGCUCAAUCUCGGAAUAUCCUGCACUAUUCACUGAUUCGCCUCCAGCCGAGCGGCGCCAAACUCUUGCAAGUUACAUGUACGACAAAAAUGGCUCAGUCUCGGUUUGCCACGGUAACUAGCGACGAAAUUUCGAAAAUAAAUGAAGAGGCCAUACCAGACAACACUAAAAAAGCGACUAAAUUCGGUCUAGCAGUUUUCACAGGUAAAGCUUUGUCUGUUUAACCUGAAUUUUAUCGAUGAAACCGGUGAAAAAGUUUUUUGUUUACAAAUGCAAAUUAUGUCUUUCGUUACCUAAUGUUAGCUGACAUGUUUAUAAAUAAGCUUACUUUUUUUACAGAAUGGUUUCAGAUGCAAGAAGAGUUCAAAACUCCCUUUGAGGAGAUGUCACCAAUUCAGCUUAACAAAUGCCUCCAAAAAUUUUACUUGUCCGCACGAAAACGUGACGGCAGUUACUACAACAAAAAGUCGCUUAUCGCAAUCCGAGCCGCGUUAGAUCGUCACUUAAAAAGUCCUCCGUUUUCAAAGCCAUUUUCCAUUGUUGGCGACAGUCAUUUUAAUGAAGCCAAUAAAUCCCUCAGCAAUUUUCUGAAAACUCUGAGCAAAAAGUGGCCAAAUAGCUCCGACAGUGCACAAACAAGCCCUAACAAAGGAAAUUGUUGAGAAACUUUACGAAGAAGGCGAGCUUGUUGACAUCGAUUCUCUCCAACCACACAAAGUACAGCAGACGGCCUGGUUCUUCAUCAGUUUAUUCCUCGGAAAGAGAGGUCGAGAAAACCAGCACCGGCUUAAGAAACACAUGCUUAUCUCAAGGGAAGCGCCAAAUGGUGAAAAAUAUCUGAAAUAAACAAAGAGCGCGGAGCAGCGUUGGCGACUAAAACCAUCAAGGUGGCCUAGAUGAUAAAGAAGAUGAGUCAAACGGAAAAAUAUUUGAAAGACCAGGCUCAAAACGCUGCCCAGUGAAACUCAUCGAGAAAUACCUGUCACAUCUGAGUCCCAAAUGCAGCAGUUUAUUCCAGAAACCAAGAAGCUCGUGCAAAGCGUUUAACCCAGCAACGGAUCUUGUGUGGUACUGCUCGAGUCCACUUGGCCACAACACGCUUGAAAAUAUGCUACGAAGAAUGACAUCAAGAGCUGGAAUAAAGCCACAUCUAACAAACCACUCGAUCAGAGCGACCACCGUGACGGUUUUGUCAGCUGCAAACAUCGAGAGUCGGUACAUCAGGGCAAUAACCGGCCACCAAAGUGAAGAAAGCAUCAAGAGCUAUUGUGAUACGCCGACAUUCGAGCAGUUUAAAAGAAUGUCAAACGAGCUAAGUGAAUUCUUCGAUCAAGGUGGUGGCGAUGACAAGGCUGUUACAGUCCCUCAGAAAACCGUUGCGUCGUCAUCGAGCCAGCCGCAAUCAGUAGCUACGAGCACUGCAAAUUAUUCCUUCCAGUCCAUUCAAGAUGGAUCACAGAAUCUUGUCCAUGGCUUCAUUCCCGGAGCCACGUUCCAUAACUGUAAUCUCAACUUUAAGGUGAGCUUUGGAGGAAGCAGCAGCAAAUAAAACUUUUAACAGACAACGAAAAGAACAAUCUACAAAGAUGGCGUAAAGCCAGGACUUUUCCUGUCGCAUAGCUUGAUCUUUCAUUUACGGUUGUAAAGUCUUAAACACAAAAUUAUGAACAUUUCAUCAUCAGAUGUGUCAUGUGACUAUUUUGAGCUGCGCGCAUGUUUGUUUAAUUUGCGCGCCAAAGUUGUAAAUAAACGAAUUAAAAAUCGUCAUUUGAGAUCAUUUUAGGCUUAUUAUCAACCUCGUCCCCAGGGUCUUCUCGCUUUCCAAUAUGGCGGCGGCAGAAGAGAAGACCCUGGCACACAGCGAACUAAAACGGUCGCUGAUUGGUGCAUUUCACUACGCGUUCAUACGUGCGCUCUCAUUGGUUCAUUCCUUCCAAAACAAAGAUGGUUACCUUUUGAGGGCUUCGUAGAGGCUUAGAAGUGCUUUCUUCAGUGUUUGAGACCCAAAAGGUGGACAGAAUUCAGAUCUGAUUGUUCGGAAAACUGUGACUGUACCGUUGGAAGGCAAAGAUUCGAAUAUAGUGAUAUCUGAAAUGGUAACGCUGGGAAUAUUACAACGCGUAGAGGUCUUUCUGUUGCUCGUGCUAUUUGGUUUUUGUGUUCUAAAUUACUAAAGAUUUGCUUCUUUAAUUCCCGAUUUGUCAAAGAAUACUUGCAACGCUUCAGCUUAUCAAUAAAUUUAGCUGUCCGUUUGUAAAGGUUUAGUGUUGUUCUGCUUUUUGUUUUCUUUGAACAAAAGCUGUAUGCAUAAUAUUAUUGAUGUAUGGGGUUAUACGGAAAUCUUGCAUAAUCUGCGCUUUGUCUCAGCAGUUUUUUUGUCUAGUGAAACAUUUUUUUUCAUUUGAUCGUAACAUGCAUGGGCCUAACCUGGCCUUCUUUUAAUUUUUUCCACUGUGAUUUUGAAGGGGGAUGAGCAGCGACAGAGGCAGAUGUCGAAACAAAACUAAAAAUUGAAGCCAAACAUAGUGUCGCUAUCCUUUGAUAUUUUUAAUCCUGACUUUUCAUUUAUUCAGUUUUAGUGUCACAAUAAUGAUAAUUUAUUAUUAUUUGCUCAUUUCAGUGGCAGUAAAAUACAGCUAAAUACAGAGACAUUGGGAAAAUAAACUGUUUCCUUUUCUCAGAAAUGAAAAACUUGCAUAUUAAUGUAUUGAAGCUUGUGGGAUUUCUUUCUAGUUGCAAAAAUAAAAUAAUGAAAGCACAUGAUGUCUUUUAUUCUAUCAAGUUGAAAACAGUGAUCAGCCCGUGCAAGGAAAUCUGACAGUCUUGGAUUCUCAAUUCUGCACCAUGGAUACUGCAUUCUGGAUUCUUUGUCAGUAGAACUUGGAUUCCAGAUUUCAAUUAUAAGUGGGAUGCAGAAUACUUGCCCUUUUUUCCAGAUUCUACGAGAAAAAUUUCCCAGAUUCCAGAUUCCCUUACAUGGGGUGACAGUGACCCUAAGACAAAUAUGUUUUCUGUCAAACUAAAACCUGUCAAUUGAGCUUCUAAUUACUGUAGGCUAAGUGUGCAUGUUGUUCUUGUCAUUAUAUGCUUGAAAAGGGGGUUUGUGGACCAGGUGAAAUAGUGGCUAGUACUGUACUAUUCCAAAACCAGCUGGGUAUGAUUAUGAAACAGCUAUAAUUCAGUUCUAAAACUUGGAUUUACAAAAAUAAACUGCUUCAAUGGGUGCAUAUAUCACUAUCCACUGAAUAAACAAGAGCGGAAAGGGCCUGUAGUUUCUUGAUCAUGGGAUUUUUCAUGUAGGGAUGCCAAGGCUUUUGAAGUGUUUUGCACCAGAGUCCCCACUAGCAUAGUGAGCUUUUAGUUGCCUAGUCACGGCCAAUGAGUUUCGCGUCACCUGGUCCCAAGAGAAAUUGUGAAACAAUUUCCCUCCAGUUUGCCUAAGAUAAGUCACUGAAAUGAAUUGACCAAGAAGGCUUGAGAAAAUACCACACAGGGAAAAGGCAAGGCUUUUAGCUUGUUUAGGUGUUGGGCUGUGAGGUUGCAGCUGUUAGAUGUGCUGGCUUAAAUACUUCCAAAGUCUACUUUAAGGUGUUGGUUAGUCUUUGUCAUAGUGUCUAUAUCAUAAUUAUAUCAUCAGAAAUAAUCAGAUUAACACAACUAUUAAACUGAUAAUCGAUUAUAGUUUUGUGCCCCCUGUGCGCCAUUUUCAACACUGAAAAUAAUUUUGUAAGUGAACAAAACAAAAAACCUACCCUGCAAGCAGAGGCUUAUCUGUCACAUAGUUAAACCAACUAAACAUCAUAUAAACUACAUUAAGAGCCCAUCAAAAAGACAACACAGGUGUAUUAAUGUCCUUAUUUGUCAACAAUGUUUUUGUGAAUUUUCCACAACAAUCAAUUGAACAUUUGUAUAAGCAAUACUCACUUUGCUUUAGGUUUCUGAUCAAUGAUAGAUUAUGAUCGAUAAUCAGCACACCACUACCAGGUCAUGUCUCGAUUUAAUAAGAGUACGAAAGGGCCCAUCUGACGAGCAAAGCGUGUUUGACUUAAAAGAUCUAUUAUCUCCAAAUGAGAUAGGAACUUUUACAGUGCACAUGACUCAGAUAGGACUAUCAAAUUUUUGAACAACUGGAGUCUAGCCUUUAGUCAAUUUGCACAUUGACAUGGCAAAGUGCAGCCCCAAGUAAUAUGUAAAAUAAACCAAAGUCAGGGAUUAAGAAAGUUUUUGCUCUAAAAAUCGAAUCUAUUUCAAAGUGGAGAAUACUUUUGGAGUGCUAUAUUACAAACAAUGGAAACACUCUUCACCUUUUCCUAGCUAUUAAAGUGGGGUUAAUGCCUUUCAUUUUUUACAUCUGAGAGGCAAAAAAACCAAUAAUAACAACAUCUUAAAUCCUCUAUUAAGGCCCCCUCUCUCAAAUAAGCCCUCCUUUUCAAUGGAAAGUUUUAACAAUAAGCCCCCGUCUCUUUUAACCCCCAUCCCACAUCCCCCCCUUUUCUUAUUCUUCAUAAAAGACUGUAUCAAUCAAUGACGACUGUAAAACUUUGUGUGGACCGAUCCAGGAUGGUUUAUUCACCAACUGGAAGUUCGGAUUUGUUUUUGAUCCUCGGCUGCUUGACCUCCAACCUUCUUGUACUUGGGCUUUUUCACUUGGCAUUUUUUUUGUGGGGGACUAAUACCAGCGUCUUUGCUCUAGAUUAAAUAAGGCCCCUAUCUCUAUUGCCCGGAAGCAUUGUGAACAGGGUUAGAUAUCAAAAGCCAAUAAGAAAGUCUAAAAACCGUGAAGUAGAUCAAUAUUGACAAUAAUUUUAUUACCUGUACCAGAUCAAGUGACAAAAUAUCCAAACUGAACAAGGACCUGUUUAAUUUUCAACCAAAGUUCCCUCAAAUUAUAUUAACAAAAUAGUGUUCUAUGGCUCUUGUUUUCAAAAAAAAUUGUUUUUUUGCGUAUCAGAGUUCUGUUAAAAUGUGUGCAAAUAGAAAAACAAUAGUCAAAAACCUCAUGAAGAUCUGUAACAAACUGACGAUAACUUAUCAGCUCAAAGUGUCUGCGACUCAAUUUAAUGCUUAGUUAAAUUUCGGAGCGGAAGAAGUGUUAGAGCGUCAUGACAAAAAAUUCCCUGGCUUCAGAGGUCUGUUCUCGAAAUUCCUAAGAUCAAAUAAAUUGCGCUCACGGUUAAAAAGAGCUCCCCCUUUCACGAAAGAAGAAAACUGAACCUCUGGCACUCAGGGUAGGCAAAAAAAGAAAACAGUGAAGAAAGGUCGGUAUCGAGAAAUUAAGUUGUAGACAGUUGUUAAGUGCCGUGUACGCUAGAACGUUCAGGCUUAAAACUAAACCCAGGUCAUUGAAGAGAAAAUAAGAUCGCUAUAUCAUUCUACCGUAUUCCUGUGGCUUGUAAGUGCAUUCAUUCAUAUUUUUAGCUUCUUUGAGUUUGCCUCUGCCGCCAUUUUGUUUGUUUUUCACCAGAUCUCAAGACCUCGUACCCAGAUCCUCUCACUCUUUAGCUUGGCCGCCAUUUUGAAUAAAUUUCCACUCUGCGUGGACAAAUCAGUCACGUGAUUUCUGCUGUGUGCCAGGGUCUUCUCUUCUGCCGCCGCCAUAUUGGAAAGCGAGAAGACCCUGGGGACGAGGUUGGCUUAUUAUCUCACUGUUUUAGCAUAUACUAAAACAAUUAUUCACCUCAGUGUCGGUGGCUAGUAUUGGAUAUUUACCUCGCCGCUUUCGCGGCAUCGGUAAAUAUCCAAUACUAGCCACCUCCACUUCGGUGAAUAAUUGUUAUCUAGCCGUAGGUUGAUUUUUUUGUAUUCGAUUGCAGUUUAAGGCAGUCACUUUUUGACACCUGGUUGCUCAUCGCAUUGCCACGUCAUGUACAAACAGGUGUUCUGAAUAUUUGCAAUUGAUGCUAUGUUAAGGAGCGGAUGAUUUAUUAAGUAACUAGGGUACUGUAUCUUUAGGCCGCCUCACACUCUUUAAGUCACUCGUGAACGUGUAGUUUAUCAAAAAAUGUGUUUAUGGGUCCAGCAAAUACUAGUUUCAUGUAACUUCCUUCCUUUUUAACUGACGAACUUCAACAUUUAUACGACCUAUUGCGUUUCGCUUGAAAGAAAAUUAAUGCUAAUUACUGUGUGAUGAUGACGUUACAUUUACAGUUUUAAGUCUGGGUUCAGACAUGCAAAGUUUCAAUUUCAAGCAAGGUGAGAGUUUGGAUAUUGUGAGCACGACUUAGGGACGUUUUUUACUAACUCAACAGUACUCCGUUAAAAACCAAUUGCCAUCGGAGGAGGACGUCUGGAGAAUAUUCAGUAAGUCUCGCAAAGAGUAAUUUCCAGCGUCAGUCUCGUGCAAAAAAGAAAACAUUUGCAUAGUUCCUCAAAAGUACAGCUGCUGAAACUUAAGACUGUAUAUAACGCUCCAUUCAAUGGUGGAAGCAGAAGGUCAGUCUCAUUCAAAAACGGAUGAAACCUUGACAGCAAUGAAAUUCUUUGCAUACCAUAGAAACUGAACCCGAUUAGGGUUAUGUAAAAAAAAAAUGGCAAGUGCUGAAGGCUUGCAUUUGACACUUGUUUUCUUCAACGCUUUCUUGUCUUUUACCGCCAUCGUAUUAAAUAUCAUAACAAUGCAAGCGCUCAGAAAAACGUCGUCGUUGCCUAAGACUUUAAAAACAUUGUUACUAAGCUUGGCUGUGUCUGAUCUGGGUGUAGGCUUACUUGUCCAACCAGUGUAUGUUGCAAUGCUUGUGAUGGAAGUAAAACAAAACACAAACAGUACCGCUUAUUAUACAGUAACCUUAGCGCGUUUUAUCCAGGGAAAAACAUUGGUCUUUGCUUCGCAUUUUGGUGUUUUUGCAUUAGCUGUGGACAGAUUCUUGGCCAUUCAGCUUCAUCUCAGAUAUCAAGAGCUUGUGACUCACAAACGUGUUGUUGCUGUUUUGAUCUCAGUCUGGGUGUUUAGUGCAUCAAUUUCCUUCCCACGUCUUCCUAUUACGCGAGCAGUCAUUGUAGUUGUUUGUGUCAUAACUACAGGAUUGCUUUAUUGCAAGAUAUACGCUUCCGUGAGACACCACACAAAUCAGAUUCACGCUCUGCAAGUACAACAGGCGACACAGAAUGAAGAUAUGGUAAAUGCCGCAAGGCUGAAAAAAUCUUCACUGGCUACAUUCUACGUUUAUUUCGUGUACUUAGUU